AGUGCGUGUGUGUCCCUCCCUCUCACUCUAUCCUCUCUCUCUGUGUCUCACUCUAUCCUGUUUACCCUUCUCUGGUUGGUCGGCUUGUUGCUGUGUUAAUUUUUGGCUUUUUUAUUCGGAGAAAAAAUUCCAGUAAGAGAAGCAGAGUGGGUGUGUGAAGGAGUAAGAGAAAUAAGGGAGUGAAUGACAGAGAGUGAGUGAGAGAGAGAGAGAGAGAGAGAGGGAGCGGCUCCGGGCUCACUGCCGGGAUGACUGCACAGUGGAUUUAACAGGAGAGGAGUUUUGUUUCGGACCGGGAACAGAGCGCGACCGGGAUCGGGAUGAAGUUCCGCAGCGGCCGGGCUGUGGCCCAAGGAAGUGAAGGGAUCCGAUUGGCCAUGGAAAGUGCGCUGACAGCUCGAGACCGGGUUGGAGUUCAGGACUUUGUCCUGCUCGAGAAUUUCACCAGUGAGGCAGCUUUCAUCGAAAACCUGCGCAAACGCUUCAAGGAGAACCUCAUCUAUACAUAUAUCAGUUCUGUCCUAGUCUCUGUCAAUCCGUAUAAGGAACUGGAGAUCUACACUAAACAGCACAUGGAGAGAUACAGAGGAGUCAAUUUCUACGAAGUCUCACCUCACAUUUACGCCAUAUCGGACAACUCGUACCGUUCAAUGAGGUCGGAGCGGAAAGAUCAGUGCAUCCUGAUCUCCGGUGAGAGUGGAGCUGGGAAAACCGAAGCCUCCAAGAAGAUCCUUCAAUACUACGCGGUGACCUGUCCGGCCAGCGUGAGAGUGGAGGCGGUGCGAGACCGGCUGCUCCAGUCUAACCCAGUGCUGGAGGCAUUUGGAAAUGCUAAAACCCUACGUAAUGAUAAUUCCAGUCGCUUUGGCAAGUACAUGGAUAUCCAAUUUGAUUUCAGGGGGGCACCGGUGGGAGGUCACAUCCUCAAUUACCUGCUGGAGAAAUCCCGUGUUGUCCACCAAAAUCACGGUGAGAGGAACUUUCACAUCUUUUACCAAGUGAUCGAAGGAGGUGAAGAGGACCUACUGAGGAGGCUGGGGCUGGAACGCAAUCCCCAAAGCUACCAAUAUCUAGUCAAAGGUCACUGUGCAAAAGUUAGCUCCAUCAAUGAUAAGAACGAUUGGAAAACUGUACACAAAGCACUGUCUGUCAUCGAGUUCAGUGACACCGACAUAGAGGAGCUGCUGAAUGUUGUAGCCAGUGUUCUGCACCUUGGAAAUUUACAGUGCUCCUCAGACGAUGAUGGAAAUGCCACCAUAACUGGUGAAAAUCAGAUCAGAUUGCUGUCCCGGCUUCUUGGGGUGCCUGGUAAUGUCCUGCGCGAGGCUCUGAUUCACAAGAAAAUCAGCGCCAAGGGAGAGGAGCUGAUCAGUCCCCUGAAUGUUGAGCAAGCAGCCUGUGCACGGGAUGCUCUGGCAAAGGCUAUCUAUGGCCGCACUUUCUCCUGGCUGGUCCACAAGAUCAACAAGUCUCUAGCCCACAGGGAUUCCACAUAUUCUGAUCGCAAUAGACCCAAUGUCAUUGGGCUGCUGGAUAUUUAUGGAUUUGAGGUAUUCCAACACAACAGUUUUGAACAGUUCUGCAUCAACUACUGCAAUGAAAAACUGCAGCAGCUAUUCAUUGAGCUGACACUGAAGUCUGAGCAAGAGGAAUAUGAGGCCGAAGGAAUCGCGUGGGAGCCUGUUCAGUAUUUUAACAACAAAAUCAUCUGUGACUUGGUCGAGGAGAAGCACAAGGGCAUCAUCUCCAUCUUGGAUGAAGAAUGUUUGCGUCCUGGAGAUGCGACAGAUUUAACCUUCCUGGAGAAGCUGGAAGAGACAGUUGGGAAACAUCCUCAUUUUGUAACACACAAGUUGGCGGAUCAGAAAACCCGCAAGACGCUGGUGAGAGAGGAGUUCAGGCUUUUGCAUUACGCUGGGGAGGUGAAUUACAAUGUGACAGGAUUCCUGGACAAGAACAAUGAUCUGCUCUUCAGGAAUUUAAAAGAGGCAAUAUGCGAGUCUGGGAACGGGAUCCUGAACCAGUGCUUUGAGCGAGGAGAAUUGGAUGACAAGAAGAGACCAGAAACGGCAGCAACACAAUUUAAGAACAGCCUGGCUAAACUCAUGGAGAUCCUAAUGUCGAAAGAGCCAUCAUAUGUCCGUUGUAUAAAGCCCAACGAUGCGAAGCAGUCAGGAAGAUUUGAUGAAGUUCUGAUCAGGCAUCAGGUGAAGUACCUGGGUCUAAUGGAGAAUCUGCGAGUUCGGAGAGCUGGAUUCGCAUACCGGAGGAAAUUCGAAAUCUUCCUGCAGAGGUACAAAUCACUCUGUCCGGAAACGUGGCCCAAUUGGAAAGGCCGGCCUUCCGAAGGGGUGGCAACUUUAGUACGACAUCUUGGAUACAAGCCGGAAGAUCACAAACUGGGCAGAUUUCCAGCAUCUGCUAUUUUGCCUUUGUCCUUUUAA